CCCAUUUGCCACUCGUACCAGGGCCCUUAUUUGGCAGGGCCUUCGGGAGCCAAGCAUCGCCGGGCCAUAAAACGAACCAAAGCCAUGGACACGGGCGCACGGACGCUCUCCACCUCUCCUCCUCUCGCAGCCCGACCUCCUCCACGGCUCGCGGCAAGGAGAGAUCGUCGAUGGACGGGCACGCGGUGGACGAGCUGAUCCGGCGGCUCCUGGACGGGAAGAAGGGCAAGGCGCCCGGCAAGAAGGUGCAGCUGAGCGAGGCGGAGAUCCGGCACCUCUGCGUCACCGCCAAGGGGAUCUUCCUCUCCCAGCCCAACCUCCUCGAGCUCGAGGCCCCCAUCAACGUCUGCGGCGACAUCCACGGGCAGUUCUCGGACCUACUCCGGCUGUUCGACUACGGCGGGCUGCCGCCGACGGCCAAUUACCUGUUCCUGGGCGACUACGUGGACCGGGGCAAGCAGAGCAUCGAGACCAUCUGCCUGCUGCUGGCGUACAAGAUCAAGUUCCCGGACAACUUCUUCCUGCUGCGGGGCAACCACGAGUGCGCCUCCAUCAACCGCAUCUACGGCUUCUACGACGAGUGCAAGCGCCGCUUCAGCGUCCGCCUCUGGAAGCUCUUCACCGACUGCUUCAACUGCCUCCCCGUCGCGGCGCUCAUCGACGAGAAGAUCCUCUGCAUGCACGGCGGUCUCUCCCCGGACCUCGACAGCCUCGACCGCAUCGCCGAGAUCCAGCGCCCCGUCGACGUGCCCGACCAGGGCCUCCUCUGCGACCUCCUCUGGUCCGACCCCGACCGCGAGAGCCCCGGCUGGGGCGAGAACGACCGCGGCGUCUCCUUCACCUUCGGCGCCGACAAGGUCGCCGAGUUCCUCAACAAGCACGACCUCGACCUCAUCUGCCGCGCCCACCAGGUCGUGGAGGACGGGUACGAGUUCUUCGCGGACCGGCAGCUGGUCACCAUCUUCUCCGCGCCCAACUACUGCGGGGAGUUCAACAACGCCGGCGCGCUGAUGAACGUCGACGCCAGCCUGCUCUGCUCCUUCCAGAUCCUCAAGCCCUUGAGAGCCAAAGCGCAGGCGGACUAACAGAGUUUUUGUUACUAUAUUGCUAUUAGAGGCUCGGUUAGAAUCAUGGAGAUCUCAUAGAUUUGCAUGCACGUAUAUAUUUCUCCUUGCAGAUCCAUGGUUCUUUCGAAUCGUUUGCUUGUAAUUCAUUAUAUAUGUGUAUGUAUAUAGUCAUAUAGAGGCAUUCACGUCCA